GCACAAACAAUUCAAAUUUAUCACAAAAACACCCUUCAAUUCUCAACUCUCACAACUUUAAUACAUAAAACUCACUUUAUUCACAUACACACCAAUCAUUAUAUUCACACUAACAGUACACAACAAAUUCAUCAUCAUCAUCAUCAAUGGGGGCAUUAACAGCAUCACUGAUAGCAAUUGCAGGUCUAGCAUUAGGCUGGAUCACCAUCGAAAUCGCCUGCAAACCUUGCCUCGAGAGUGGCCGUGAAGCCAUUGAUCGUAACCUAAAUCCUGAUUACGAUCCAGACGACGAUGAUCCUCGAUUGCCUCUCAAUCCAAACCCUACGCCUUCAGAUCACACCGUUGAUUCCACCUCUACAACCGUCAAAAUCGUCUGAUCAAAUAACGUUGAACCUGUUAAACCGGAUGACGAAAGCUUGGUUGGUGAAGAAGUUGUACCGCCGAUAAAUUAGGUUAUACCGGUACCGGGCCAAAACUAAUUUAUGCAUCCAAAAAGGUGAUAAUUUAUUUUCUUAAUAAAACCUAGCGAUAAUUGAAUUUUGGAUUAUGAUUUAUUCUAUAAUAUUUUUAUUCUAGAAUGAUGUAGUUUUGGAUUAGUUUUUGAGUUGAAAUUGUAUUUAAUGAAUUUAUA